AUGUUGUCAUCUGUCAAGUCUCAGUCUGCUAAUGGGGUUUCUCCCGCUGAGUUUGUUAAUGCUUUGGUCAAUGGGUUUGGUCAGCCUUCUCAAUGGAUUGAUUCUGACGAAACUGCUGCCCCUGUAUCUGUUAAAUGGAAGGAUCUUGGGCUUGCUGUCUGCUCUACUGUUUUUGUAUCUUGUGGUUGUUCCACGAUGUUGGGACCUAUGGACACUGAAUUGAAGGAAAGGAAAAGGGCAGUCUACAGAAAACGUACAAAGCCUGGUGAAGGCGUUCGUCCGGAUGAGGUAGAUGAUUCACAAUCAGAAGAGAAAACUGAUACGGACAAGAACAUGGCGAUAAUGUUUAAUAUCUUACGCCAGAAGAAGCGUGUGAGGCUAGAGAAUUUGGUGCUCAACAGAAGAUCAUUUGCACAGACUGUAGAGAAUUUUUUCGCUCUGUCUUUCUUGUCCAAAGACGGUCGAGUAGAGAUCAUUGUUGAUAAGAAUGGCUCACAUUUUGCCUUGCCGAGAAACGCACCUGCUGCGAACCUGGUGGCGUCAGGGGAAGUCACUUACAACCACUUUGUGUUUAGAUUUGAUUUCAAAGACUGGAAGAUGAUGUCUGAAAUGGUGCCUAUGGGCGAAGAGCUAAUGCCACACAGAGAAACUGCGGUCGCUUCAUCUUCUUGUCCCCCUGCACCAGGAGACAUCCCACAGGAUUCUCAGACAACACCGAUAAGAAAACUCUCGAGAAACAGAGGUUUGAUUGUACAAGAAGACACUGUUGUAGAAGAUUCUCCUGACGUUGAGGGUGAUGGAACUCGAAGGAGGUGUAAGUGGAAACUCACUUGAGAAGAUGAGUCUCAUUGUAGGGAGUAUAUAGAGUAGUGAUUAAAGAAAAACUCAUUUUGCUGUUUGAUUUUGUGACAUUUAACUUAAUGUCUUCUUUAGGAUUUGUUUUGUUCAUCGUAGGUUCUUACCAGUUAAGUGGCUUUCGUUGACUCUAGAAGGUGUUCCUUCUUUUAUUUGAUGAUUAAGAGAGA